AUGUCUUCCCAAUCCACCUCUCUCAUGGACCUAAUCCCCGCCGAGAUUCGCAUCAUGUUUUGGAAGCUCUCUGGCGAUGGAGCCAGAAUCAUCGAAGUCGGCUUGGGCGUUUCGGCGCAACCCCCCCUCCCCAUCGGUCAACUCAAGACCGUUUGCCGCGAGGCUUGGGAAAUUUUGCAGGAUGGUUUGGUGCUGUGCCUCGAUGACGAGGAGUACAAGGACGAUGGAACCGUGGUGAAGAGAACUGUCUGGGUGAAGAAGGAGGAUGUUGUUUUUGUUCCGGCCCCAAUCCGCGUAAGUUCAUCAUUCUCCAGUGUUUUUCCAUCGCUUCUCUCGGCAAUUAUGGAAGAUCGAUCGCUAACCCAACAAACCAGAACCCCCUCACCCUCGUCGCGACGCCCCCUCGCAGCUACCUCUGGGACGUCACCGACCGCCUCUCCGACGCCUCCCUCCUCACCAUCGAAACUCUCGCAGUCGACCUCAACGUCGUCUGCAAUGCAGACUUUAACCGAUCGGUAGAUCUCUACCGACCUCUCUUGUUGUUCCGGGCCUUGAAAAAGGUCAUCAUUGUCACCACCGGCUUCACCAAGUCGGUUACGCGUCCCGCCACGUACGGCGAGCCCCUCGGGCUCAAAUUUGGGUUCUCCGAGCUGGACGAUGUCCUCCCCAACCGCGCCCAAGAUCCCCAGGCCCGCAAGUUGGACCAUUGGUUGGCGGUGGCGCGGGAUGAGAUCCGCCGCCUCUCCUUUGGUGAAGAUGCGUGGGAGAAAUUGCCGGAGGUUGUUAUGAUGGCGAAGACGGGGAGGGUUUAA